GACGUCAGACAGGUGAGUCGGGACAAGAAAGGCAGUAACAGCAGCAAGAGAACAUGGCGAGUUCCCAGCUGGAGUGUUUGGAAGAUAAUCAUAUUAAUAUUAGAAUUAAUGACAAAAAGGCAGAAUUCUAUUACUGUGAAUUCCAACGUUUAGCCUUAAAUGAACUACUAAAAGCUGGUGAAGUUGGUUUCCACAAGCUACUGAAGGACAAAAAAGCCAAAGAGUUUAUUUCCUCCAAAGAGGUUGAGAGCAUUUCCAAAGAUUGCCACAGGUAUGAGGUCGAGGGGAAGGACACUUCAAAAGGUAAGAAGACUGAGAGUGGCAGCUCUUCUUCAACCUACUGGCCAGAGCAGAGUGACACCCCAAUACCCGACCUAGAUCUGGGCUGGACACAGCAUGUUACCUAUCGAGGGGUCACCAGGGCAACUGUGCACAUGCACCCCCCAAAAAACAAUGAUCCCUUCAUCAAGGAAAUUGUGCGGAAGGCGAUCCAAGAUGCGAAGAAGAUGAUUGCGUUAGUGAUGGAUGAUUUCACGGACCGGAAUAUAUUUGAAGAUCUGAUUGAGGCUUGUUACAGGCGGAGGCUCCCAGUUUAUAUCAUCCUGGAUGAGGGGAAACUGAAAAGCUUCCUGGAGAUGUGCAAGAGAAUGGAACUGAAUGAUUUGAUGAUCCAAUACCUGCGUGUUCGUUCCAUUGCUGGCACUGGUCUCUAUUUGGCAACGGGAUACAUUAAGGGUGAUCUAAACCAGAAGUUUAUGAUUGUGGAUGGUGACAAAGUGCUUUCCGGCUCAUACAGUUUCACAUGGAGCUGUUCCCGGUUACACCGCAGCACACUGACUGUCUACACUGGGCACGUUCUGGAAAAUUUUGAUACUGAAUUCCGGGAGCUAUAUGCCAACUCGGACAUGGUGAAUCUCCACGAGCAUCUGAACAUCAAGCCAAGACUCACAGCCCCGGUGUUGGGCAUCACCACUGCCUUCGUCCCACCCCGAUCGGAUGACUUGAAAAGGAAGUUCGACAACCCCAAGUAUCUCCUGGUGUCGGAGGGGAUGCACCUUCGAGCCUGCUCGGAAAGCCAGCUGCUGUCUCCGACCGAGCUCCAGAGGAAGGAGAGCACGGUGAAAUUCCGGGAGCGGAAGGGGACCAUGAGAGACAGUAAGAAAGAGGAUCACAGCAAGGCAAACCAGGCUGUUCAGGAAUGGCUGGUCAACAAUGACGUCCGGGGCCUGGAUGAACCAGAGCCGCUCGAAGACCUGGUCCCAGCCAAUCAGAUGCCCGACACCGGCAGCGGAUUCAAAAUACUGAACAUCGGCCGGGGCAGUUUCAGGAGAGUUAAAGCGUCCCAGACUGCUGACAGUGAUUCCAGGUUGGCAGAGGGGAACUCAGAGCCCAAAGCCCUCAGGAGGAGCCUGAGGGGGAAGAUGAAAGACUCAGCCAAAAGUGGAAGACAGCCCGCAGAGACUGGAAACACAACCAACUUGAGCACAGGUAAGGGCACCUCCUCGGUCCCAGACCACAGUAUCGGCAGAAGCAAUAACAACAGCAAGAAGGAGAAUUGUGUCCUGUCAUGAGGAGCUGUGCCGAGGGUUGGGGAGAAACACAGAUCAGCCAUGGGGAUUGGGAUGGCGGCUGAUGGAUCACUUACAGAUUGACAAUUGCGCUGCGCUCUACAGGGAGGAUUUUCCCCUCGUCAGGUGGGGGGAGGGGGGGGGUAGCAGAAGGGCCUGGGGAAUGGCCACACAGCAGCCUGCCUCCUGCGACCAGGCCCCGAUCACCACUUCACGCUGGUUGGCCAUUUAACAGCCAUAACCUCGGCGCUGCCAGAGUGGGGGAGGGCGCAGAGCUGAUGCCUCAGGGAGCCGAAGACGUUUAACAUUAAAAAUAAAGAAUUUAAAAAUAGAGAAGGAAAACGUGAGCCCGCCCCCCGCCCCCCA